ACAAAAAGAGAAUGAAAUGAAACAAUUUUCCAGUUAAAUGGUAGAACUUUAGCGAUUUUGUUGAAAGAGCACGUGAAGAAGUGACUACUUUCAUUUUGGGUUUAAACAGAAAUGAACACUAAAUUAAAAUAAUAAAACAAUUUACAAAAUCUUCGUUAUCGAAAUCUGAUUGACAAAAUCUGAUAGUGAUUGACAAAUGACAGCUCAAAUGUCUCAAAUUUUAAAUUAACCUUAUAGUUUGUUUAUUUUCCCAAAGAUUCGUUUCAAAUUUCUACACUCGACGCUCUAAAAUUCUAUUUUAUUCUGCGAUUACUGCUUUAAACUUCAUUAUGAUAAGAAACCUCUUAUUACGUACUCGUAGUUUACAUAACAAUUCACGAAAAUGUUUUGUUGAUAAGCCAAAGAUUAGGCAAAUACACUGUGGAAUAUGCCUAAACAAUCCUAGGCAAACUUCCAAAUCAAAUAACACGCCAUCACCAGCUUUAACGAGCAAGUACCAGGUGAUAACGGAUAACAAUUCGCCUGUUAUUGAACAUACUACUGAUGAGAUUAUUACUACUAUGGAUAAAUAUCCAAUGAUAAGUGAUGAAUUUGAUGGUAUAAAUUUAGAAAGAGGAAAGUCAGGAGUAUUUGAAAUAGAAGAUCUCGUAGAAUUGCUUAAGCGUGAGAAUUCUAGAGAUAUCUUCGUGGCAACUGUACCCCAGGACAUCAGAUAUGUUGAUUAUAUUUGCAUUGUGAGUGCCCGCAGUAAGAGGCAUAUUCAAGCUCUUGCAGAGUUUGUGAGGAAAGUCUACAAAAAGAAACGUUGUCAAAGUGAUCUUAUUCCAAGGAUUGAAGGAAAAGAUUCAGGUCAAUGGGUUGCACUGGAUUUAGGCAACAUUGCACUACAUAUAUUUUCAGAUAGCACAAGAAAAAUGUAUGAUCUAGAAACCUUAUGGUCUGUUGGGCCAGAAUUUGAUGGACAGAUUAACAAAAAAAGUGAUGUUAUAGAUGUAUUUGAGAACUAUAGUGCUUAUUUGAAAGAUUUGAAACCAUUAUCAUAAGAUCAUAAGAUCUGAUGUACUGAAUAAGCUGUAAUAUGGAUUUUUUUAAGGUUUUUAUGAGUUGUAUUAUUGUUAUAUGUAAGUGAAUAAAAAUUAGUA